AAUAAAUAGCCACCUUUUAAGGUUCAAAUCUUCAUUUUCUGAUUCAUUACAUAAGAGAGAAUAGGGAAAGAGAGAGACUUCGGAGGUAUGAAAGAGAUAAUAAUGUUCUCCUUAUCUCCAAGAGGUUAUUUGUAGAAAUUUUGUUGCAUCAACAAACCAAUAAUUUUCUUUUUUGGAAGAAAGAUUCAAGAAAUUCUAUUUCUGGAUCGGCCAGCCAACACAUAUGGAAACCCCACUUGUUUUUCCUUGCCAAGAUUGAAAUCUCACAUGCGAAUUUUCAAAUCCCAGUGCGUUAAGUUGGUGGUUGGUCUCUCUUCAUUUCAAUCACAAACGUUUAUCAUAUUUUCCGGCAAAAAUUGAGAGAAACUUGAUAUCCAGCCCUGUUACCUCUGGAGAAGAGAAAAUAAGAGCUUUGGAAGAUGGCAGGAGGAGCCCUAGCGCCGGCCGGUGUGGCCAAGGAGAGAGCAGAGCAAUAUCAAGGGAGAGUUACCUUAUCUGUGAUCAUUGCUUGUGUUGUUGCUGCUGUUGGGGGGUCAAUCUUUGGAUAUGAUAUUGGAAUUUCAGGAGGAGUGACAUCAAUGGAUGAAUUUCUUCGGAAAUUUUUCCAUAGGGUAUAUUUAAGGAAGCAGCAUGCACAUGAAAACAAUUACUGCAAGUAUGAUGACCAAGGGCUGGCAGCUUUUACCUCUUCUCUAUACCUGGCUGGUCUGGCUGCAUCUCUGAUGGCAGGUCCUGUUACUAGAAUAUAUGGACGACGUGCGAGUAUAAUUUGCGGAGGAAUUAGCUUUCUUAUUGGAGCAGCACUAAAUGCCGGAGCUAUUAACCUGGCAAUGCUUCUCUUAGGCAGGAUUAUGCUGGGUAUUGGCAUUGGAUUUGGAAAUCAGGCUGUUCCAGUAUAUUUAUCGGAGAUGGCACCGACUCACCUUCGUGGAGGACUAAACAUUAUGUUUCAGCUAGCAACUACCACUGGGAUCUUUACAGCAAACAUGGUCAAUUAUGGAACACAAAAGCUUAGACAAUGGGGAUGGAGGCUUUCCCUGGGACUAGCAGCAGUCCCAGCUCUAUUGAUGACCGUGGGAGGGAUAUUUCUGCCUGAGACACCGAACAGUUUAAUCGAACAGGGGUUUAAUGAGAGAGGGAGGAAAGUAUUAGAGAAGAUCAGAGGAACCAAAAAUGUCGAUGCAGAAUUUGAGGACAUGCUAGAUGCUAGUGAGCUGGCUAAAUCAAUCAAGCAUCCCUUCAGAAACAUCCUGGAAAGGAGGAACAGACCACAAUUGGUUAUGGCAAUCUUCAUGCCAACAUUCCAGAUCUUAACAGGCAUAAAUUCAAUUCUCUUCUAUGCUCCAGUGCUGUUCCAGAGCAUGGGAUUUGGAGGAAAUGCUUCCCUCUACUCCUCAGCUCUGACUGGAGCAGUGCUCUGUUCCUCUACCUUCAUCUCUAUAUUAACAGUUGACAGAUUGGGUAGAAGAUUUUUGCUUAUCAGUGGUGGGAUACAGAUGAUUACAUGCCAGGUAAUAGUGGCUAUAAUCUUGGGGCUGAAAUUUGGAGACAACCAGCAUCUAUCAAAAGGCUUCUCAGUGUUGGUUGUGGUUGUGAUUUGCCUCUUUGUGGUAGCUUUCGGAUGGUCGUGGGGUCCGCUUGGCUGGACGGUGCCAAGUGAAAUAUUUCCACUCGAAACACGAUCAGCUGGGCAGAGCAUAACGGUAGCUGUAAACCUUCUCUUCACUUUCAUCAUAGCACAGUCUUUCCUUUCCCUCCUUUGUUCAUUGAAGUUUGGGAUCUUCCUCUUCUUUGCUGGUUGGAUUACUGUCAUGACCAUCUUUGUUUACUUAUUCCUGCCUGAAACCAAUGGAGUUCCCAUCGAAGAGAUGAUAUUUCUCUGGAGAAAGCACUGGUUCUGGAAGAGAAUAGUGCCUGGGGAUCCAGCAGAAGUUGAUGACAGCAGGCAAAGACAUUACAUGGAAUUGGGUGAAGGUGUUACUAGCACAGCUAUAUAGCCGAUGGACUGAUACAAUAAGCAAUUCAGCUCUGGAGAUAUUUCAAUAUUUACACAUCUGCUUUUCACUUCACAACUCACAACUGAUGUACCCAGAUAGCUGAUGCGUCAAGAAAGUGUCUGAAAAGGCCUCAGCCAUGUAUAUUAAUGGUUCCAUCAACAAAAACUUCCGUAAGUUUGAAAUAUACUGUAGAGUUCCAACUUC